ACGACACACCCCCCCGAGAUAACUUCCUGGUUGAACGUUACGUUCGCUGUUUUAACUUAAGCCAAAUGAUGAUCUUUUCAUAAACUUAACCAGGUAGUUUUGUGCUUAAAGCUAUCAAUGCGUAGCUCUGGUUCGUAAAACCUGCGCCAAACUGCGACGGUUUCGGUGGUGGACCAUGCAGUGGGCGUGUCCUCUAAUACCGUGCGUCCGCACACAGACCUACUUUGGUGGGAAAGAUGACAGCGUGACGUUUCAGCAGCAGCAGCCUCUCUAGAUGUCCCAGAGUCCCCAUGGAUGACCUGACCAAAGCCCUGUCGGCCAGCUUUGCUGUGUCCAAGGAGCCCAACAGCACAGCCGCCCCUCACCCUCGACUGGCCCAGUAUAAAAGCAAAUACAGCGUGCUGGAGCAGAGCGAGCGACGACGGCGUUUCCUUGACCUGCAGAAAAGUAAAAGGUUAAACUACGUAAACCAUGCUCGGCGUCUGGCUGACGGGGACUGGACGGGGACAGACAGCGAUGGAGAGGAGGACAUGGAGAAACAAGACGAGGGGGAACGGGAGCAGGAUGGCAAUACGGAAGAAGAGGAAAUGGAAGUUGAGAGAAGGAAGCUGCCAAAACAUUAUGCAAACCAGCUCAUGCUGUCAGAGUGGCUGGUGGAUGUGCCAUCAGAGCUGGACACUGAUUGGCUGAUGGUGGUCUGUCCUGUGGGGAAAAGAUCUCUCAUUGUUGCCUCCAAGGGCUCCACUGCAGCGUACACUAAAAGCGGCUACUGUGUGAACCGUUUCCCCUCCCUGCUGCCCGGAGGGAACCGACAUAAUUCAGCCAUGGGAAAAGACUACACGAUCCUGGACUGCAUUUACAGUGAGGUGGACAGAACGUACUACAUCUUGGAUGUCAUGUGCUGGAGAGGCCACCCGGUGUACGACUGCCCUACUGAAUUCCGUUUCUACUGGCUCCAGUCCAAAGUCCAGGAGGCGGACGGCCUGUCAGAGAUCGCCAAACGCAACCCUUUCCGGUUUGUGAGCCUCCAAAGCACUGACUGCACAGCAGAAUCGAUUCAGAAAAGCCUGGCAGCUGAGUACAGCUUCAGUGUGGACGGUCUCCUCUUCUACCACCGGCAGACUCACUACACCCCUGGCACCACCCCUCUGGUGGGCUGGCUUCGCCCCUACAUGGUCUCCGACAUCCUGGGCGUAGAGGUUGCUGUUGGACCCCUCACAGCCAAGCCUCAGUAUGCUAGCCACCAGCUGCAGCAGAUCCUGGAACACAAAAAAACAUCAAAUGAAGUCCGGCCAGCCAACAGAAGCGGAGGCUAUGAGUUAGAGUACCUGUCCACCCCGAGCGAGGACGGUGGGGACACUCCAAACUUUCUUAAUCAAAAUCCAAUAAGGGAAGCACACAUGGAGCUCUGAGUGGGAGAUUUAAAGAGAUGCACAUUGCUAACUCAGUGUCUCUGAGUGGUGGCUGUCCACAUAUGGCUUCUUUAGAAUGAGCAUGAGAAAAAAAACCACUGAAUGGUUUUGCAGAUCUGACCAAUUGCAAGGCAUGGCUAAUUCUAAUCCGGCACUGCUCGGGACACCCUCAGAGUGCAGAUUAGUAGAGCUAUGCUGUAUACAUAUGUGUUUUAUAUGGCUGAAAACUUAAGUCUGCCUUUUACAUCCUUACUCCUACCUGCUGCAGAAGUCCUAAACAGAUUAGUUUCCUUGAGAGUGUGCAGUAUUCAUCCACUAUAAAUACUUCACGGUCUGCACAUUCCUUUUAUAACAUCAUAUGUAGUCAUAUAUGAUUCAAAUAUGAGAACGAGAGGUUUUCGUAUGUAAGAUCGACUGCUUGAGCACAAGAUUUGGUUUGCUAAGUGCAGCAAACCAAAUCUUGUGCUCAAGUGUUAAUUUGCUGCUCUGCACUUGAAGUGGAUCUUGCCUAAGAAACAUCUUAACUGUUAAUGGUUUGCAGGUUUUAUUCAACUUUGUCACUAUUGGACAGUAAUGGCGGUAGGAUGUCCCCAGUGUGGACGGGGAGGUGCUGCUCACUGCAGCAGCGGUGACAUGGACUGUCUAAUGUUAAAUUUACAAUUACAUAGGAGAUGUUUUUAAGUGUAUGUUUCGAAAUAAAUGUUUUACGCCGUCUGUGCACAGGA